AUGUCUAUCCUUCUUAACGCCAUUCUGUGCCUAGCUUCACUUCCUGUGUUGCUUGUCCUCUUCGUUGUUUUCCUAUCCGCCAGACAAUACAUCAGACAGGCUUCACUUCAUGAGAUCCCUGGCCCUCAACCAGACUCACUGAUAACCGGUAAUCUGAAGACCAUUCUCGGUUUAAACGCGUGGGACUUUCAUGCACGUCUCGCGAAGUCAUAUGGGAAUGUCGUCCGCAUCUGGGGUUUCCUCGGGGACACACACUUGUAUAUCAAGGACCCCAGAGCUCUGUAUCAUAUUCUUACCAAGGAGCAAUAUGUCUUUGAGGAGACAGAUAUGUUCAUCAAGACAAACAAGUCGACGUUUGGUAUGGGCCUACUCAGCACUCUCGGAGAGCAUCAUCGCCGUCAGAGGAAGCUCCUUAACCCUGUCUUCUCGAUUAAGCACAUGCGAUACAUGAUCCCUAUAUUCUUCAGGAUCUCACAUCAGUUCACCGAUAUAUUGAACAAGAAGAUCGAUCAAUCGGAUGGGUCAGCGGAGAUUGACGCCCUGGAUUGGAAUACUCGCGUUGCGCUGGAACUCAUUGGUCAGGGAGGCCUGGGCCACUCGUUUAACAGCCUCGACGAACACUCCGAGAGUCGUUAUAGCACUGCUUUGAAGACUUUAGUGCCUACCCUCACGAAGUUGAAUCUGUGGCGUCAAGUCUUCCCUUGGGUAGCUGAUCUCGGUACCCCGGCUCUACGUCGGUGGAUCGGGACGAAUCUUCCCUGGCCUGACCUCAACCGGGUCGUGUACUUGACGGAUAUCAUGGAGGAGACGUCGAAGACGAUUUUCUACUCCAAGAAGGCGGCCUUGGAAAGGGGUGACGAUGCAGUUGCGCUUCAGGUUGGAGAAGGUCGAGACAUCAUGAGCGUCCUUAUGAAAGCAAAUAUGGAAGCCGCAGAGAAAGAUCGUUUGCCAGAUAUAGAGCUCCUGGGCCAGAUGUCAACGCUGACCUUUGCGGCAAUGGACACAACGUCCACUGCUUUGUCCCGUAUACUCCAUCUUCUGUCGAUGAACCAACCGGUCCAAGACCGUCUUCGCGAAGAAUUGGUCAAUGCUCGAAAGGAAGCCGGGGGUGACUUCGACUAUGAUGCUCUUAUGGGUCUGCCAUUCCUUGAAGCAGUUUGUCGCGAGACUCUCCGCAUGUAUCCUCCCCUUACUCAACUUCUGCGAACGGCCCGAAAGGACACCAUCCUUCCCUUAGGAACCCCACUCUCCGUCAAUGGAAACACGCUUUCAGAGCUCUUCAUCCCUGCUAACACAGGUAUCUUCAUAGCUGUCAAGGCCGUGAAUAUCUCUCCGGAGCUCUGGGGUGCUGAUGCAGGCGAGUGGAACCCUGAGAGGUGGCUUUCGCCUCUGCCCGAGAGCAUUGCGAACGCUGGAAUUCCUGGGGUCUACGCAAACACGUUGACGUUCCUUGGGGGCGGACGCGCGUGCAUCGGGUUCAAAUUCUCGGAAUUGGAGAUGAAGGUGGUUCUCUCGCUGCUGAUAACGAACUUCCGAUACUCGCCGUCUAAGAAGAACAUCGAGUGGAAGUCGACCAACAUUGCUACGCCAUGGUGGACGGAAAACCCUCGCUCCCGCUCCUUGUGUCGCGGGCUUAGUUACUGUGUUGUUUUUACGCAGAGUACUUGCGAAAUAAGAACUAGAGGAGAGAUAUCAUAGCAGGCUAGGAGGGUGGUUGUGUCUUAUGUACUGUAGAAUGUGCCGAAUAU